AAUGUGACUGGGUAAGAAUAACCAUUUAUAAGCCUGCCGACCUCUUUCUCUUCCCAUGCCCUGGCCACCUUCCAGCCUCCUCCGUCCAGUCUCCUCCCCUCCCAGACAGUCCUCACUUCUUUUUCCCCUAGGCUGCAGUCAGCCGGAGCCCCCAGCCUGCCAGAGCCAAGAGCCCAGGUGGGGUCGAGAACCUCAGCUACAGGAUGUUGACAACACUGCUGCCCCUGCUGCCACUACUGCUCCUGCCCUGCUGGGCCCUCUGUAGCCAGGAAGCCUCAGAUGGCCCGCGGUACCUCCACAUGAUCCAGGUCUCCUACUUCCGCAACCCCUCUCAAGUGUGGCACCGGGGCAACGCGACGCUCGGGGGGGUCCUGACGCACGUUUUGGAAGGCCCGGGCAACAACGUCUCGAUCCAACAGCUGCAGCCCUUGCAGGAGCCCGAGAGCUGGGCUCUCACAAAGAACAGUGUGAAUCGCUACCUGCAGGAGUUCCUGGGCCUGGCGCAGGUGGUGCACCACGAGCGGGGCGUGGCCUUUCCUCUGACCAUUCGCUGCUUCCUGGGAUGUGAGCUGCCUCCUGAGGGCUUGAAAGCCCGUGUCUUCUUCGAAGUGGCUGUGAAUGGGAGCUCCUUUAUGAGUUUUCAACCGAAGACAGCCUCAUGGACGGCAGGGCCUCAGGCAUCUUCCAGUGUGGUCACCUACGCUCUGGAGCAGCUCAACAAGUACAAUCGUACUCGGUACGAACUGAGGGAAUUUCUGCAGGACACCUGUGUGCAGUACGUGCAGAAACACAUCACCGGGAACAGCUCGAAAGGAAGCCAAGUAGGCCGCUCCUACACUUCGCUGGUCCUGGGCAUCCUGGUGGGCUGUUUCAUCAUCACUGGAGUGGCUGUAGGCAUCUUCUUGUGCACAGGUGGACGGCAGCGGUGUUAAUUACUCUCCAGCCCUCUCUGAAAAAGAGCUAGACUGAUGGGGCCUGGCAAAGGAAGAUCUCAGCUCACUGCAAAACUGUACAGAUUCCCCAUCUGGGACAUUAUACUCCAGAAGAUUUAGAAUGGCAGCUUAUUUCUUCUCCGAGACCCGCCCACCAAGAGUUUGAGGGAGGGGAGGGGAGGAGCCUAGGUAGACAGGGUAGUUGGUUUGCUAAGAACCUAAGAACUGGCACCUUUGCUGAACUGGUCUGCGAAGUGAAUGCUUAUCUAUGUUUGUGGAAAACAGAUGAUGGAGUUGGGGCAACGGAGGUGGUCUGUGGCCCACCCAUCUUCCAAAGACAGAAUCACCUGAGGCGUUCAAAACACAUAACCAAAUAAAACAAAUCAUCCACAACCCAAACAACCAACAUUCAGUGCUUCCGGGUAUGUUAGACUUGGGAAGGGACACUGGUAUUAUACAAUAGAGGUAGAAAUAACCAGAGAAAUGAUGGAAGUGUGCAAUCGAAGUAAUAUGGGAGCAAGGAAUUAUUAAUCAAUUAAUAACAUUAAUAAAAUUCCUUACUUGUGUA